AUGAUCCCAGGCAAGCCAAGCGAUCUGACAAACGACUGCAUACCUACCCUCUUUGGCACGACGAUAUCCCAAAGCUACUUUCUCAAGGACGAGCGUGGCCAACCAGGCGUGUUCUUCAUCUUCGAUCACCUGUGCGUUCGGAUCGAAGGCCACUACCGACUCAAGUUUUUCCUGUACAAUCUAGUGGAUCCGCAGAGAAUUGGCAGCAUCAGCUCGAAUCCGGCCUCGAGUACCAUCCUGGCCGAAGCCGUCAGCGAUCCCUUCGAGUCGUAUAACUGGAAGGACUUUCCGGGGAUGGACGAGGACAGCAAGCCCAACAACACACUCUGGUCUUUCACUGGCUUCACGACCUGUAUCUGCGCUGGGCUCUAUCCAUAG